AUGGCAGAAGUUGCAGUCUUCGGAGCAAUAACUCUAGUUGAUAAGUUGUCACUGUGGCUCGUCGAAAGUUGGUUUGACUUCAAGCGUAUUGAGAUUGAAAUUGAAGAGCUAAGAAAAUGGUUGAAUACUAUAAAAGUUUACCUGGAGGACACAGAAGGAAGAGAAGAUACCGAGGGUUUGAAGCUUCGAUCGUAUGUGCGGGAUUUAGCCUUUGAAAUUCAGGAUGUAAUUGAAGAUCUCAUGUAUGAAGCUACUGAACGCCCCCGUCAUCUUCGUCAGGCCAUCAAAUUUAUUUAUGCGAGCAUGUUUUGUCCAUCAAAGCGAUUUUCCUCCCGAAUGAAAGCGAUCAAGUGCAAAAUUAGAAGCAUCGAUGCACUUUGCAUUUGUCCCCCCCACGUUCGUACGGUAAGAUCAAGUUCCAAUUUAUUUUUGGGGGAUGAACAUCAUGUGGGCAUUGAGAAGCAUAUAAAGCCUCUUCUUAGUCUUGUUUGCCUUGAAGAUUCAAGUGAUAAGGUAAUUUCAGUAAUUGGAGAUGCUGGCUCAGGUAAAACAACUCUUAUUAGCGAAGUUUACCAUAUUUUGAAUUCAAAUUUUAAUUGCAAAGCUUGGGUUUCCGUCUCACGCUCUUCUGAUGGCUUGUUAGAGAAACUUUGUGAGGCACUGGAAUUACCUCACAAAAUAAAGAAGUUGCGCUCUUGUUUACAACAUAAAAGGUACCUCCUUGUUUUAGAUGAUAUUUGGAAUGAGAAUGAGUGGAAUUGGAUUAAAAAUGUGCUUCCUUCUAAUAAUACUGGUAGUAGAAUAAUCAUCACCACACGUAAACGCAGUUUAGGUUCUUAUUGUGCUAGUUCCAGUCAUUAUAUCUAUGAUCUCAACCUUCAUCCAUUAACAUGCGAAGAGGCUUGGGAGCUCUUUUGUGAUAAGGCCUUCCAGGAUGGUAAAUGCCCGGAUUUUUUGGUUGAUUGGUCUGUGAAAAUUGUAAAAAGAUGUGAAGGAUUGCCGCAUGCAAUUGUUACUAUUGGAAAAUUCUUGUCAAAUAAGCAACAAAGCAUGAUGGAGUUUAGGAAGGUCCAUGAUUCCCUUCAAUAUGAACCAGAUAAUCCUUUUAGUCACUCUUUCUAUAGAAUUUUAUGGCCAAGUUAUUAUCGUCUUCCGCCCAAUCUCAAGUCUUGUUUCUUGUACUUUGGCCUUUUUCCUGAGGAUUACUCUAUCAAAUGUGGAAGAAUAAUUCGCCUGUGGGUAGCUGAGGGAUUCAUUGAACAAAAACGAGGUAAAACUCUAGAGCAAGUGGCGUAUGAGUACUUAGAUGAGCUAAUUCAAAUGAGCUUGGUUCAAGUGAGCAGAUGGGAUUUAGAUGGACAAACAACACACCAGUUUGGGGGGUGA